AUGAGUACAUUUCACAAGCGUUACAUUUACGAACAUAAUUCAAGCUAUACUGACUUUUUCCGCAUUUAUUUUUUGAAUAAGAAUGAGUUUAAUAUCACUAUAAAACAGAAUGGCGGAGAACAAAUCUCAGGCGAAAUGGGGGAUAAACCGUAUUAUUAUAGAUGGGAUUUUUAUUCUACAAGACCAUAUGGCCGCUAUUUAUAUGACAUAGAAUUAGUAGAUUUGACCAAUCCAGAAACCACAGUAGAUGAUGACUCAUUUUACUUUGAAGAAAAUUUAUUGUUAUUUAUACCAGCAGUAUCAGGAGCAUACACUAAACAACAAGUACAAGAUUACACCAACCAACAACCUAAUUUUUUAUUAGAUCCAGAUGCACCACUUGAUGAUGAAGUUUUUACAAAUCCUGAUGCACCAUAUUAUUUAACUGAAGGACAAAUAGAAGGAUGUAACAAUUAUAAUUCACUAGACUAUACUACAAAUUUAGAUAAUUCUGGAACAAUUCGUACAAUUAAACCAGGUAAAUCAUUAUGUGUGUUUGGUGGUGUUGCAGUUGCAUCAGAUCAUCCUAUUAAAGCAGUCUACAAAUACUUUAAUGUAAGUAGUAUAGAUUCCUUAUCAAAUUGGGACAAUGCUUAUACAACCUAUAGCCUUCAGUUCGAAGAAAACCAACAUGAAAUUGAAGAUCCAUUCAUUUUCACUUUUUCUAGGAGUCCUUUGGAAAAACAUUUUACUAUACAUAGUCUGCCACAAAUUCCACUAAUCAAAUUCACAGCUAUAAAUUCAAAAGAUACAGUUAAAAUUCAAUUAGUACAACAUUUACCAUUCUAUUCAUCAAAUACUACUGAAUACAGAAAUGCACCUGUAUACGAUAAGAAUAUUACAGUAUUCUCAACAAUGACCGAAAAUGAACAAUAUCCUAAUUAUGUGCUAUAUAAUAGACCUCCAUUAGAUUCAUACAGUUCAUAUUCGAGUAGUUAUUUUUAUAGUUAUUCUAAAAUUCAACUUACAUCAUUUGUACAAAAUGAUGUUCAGUUCAAUGCAGAAAUAGAAUCAAAUGGUACAAAAGCUUUCAAAAUUUCAACAGAAAAACACGGAAAUCUCAACUAUCUAUUCUCAGAAAUAGAUAACCAAGACUUUGAAGAAGAGCGUGGUGUAAUAGCAGAAACUAUUAAUAUUACUAAAACUCCAACUGAGGAUCAACAAGAAGAAAAGGAAUAUCUAUUUGAAAAAGAUUUUUAUGGUGUUAUCCCGCCAAAAUUUGGAGCUUUCACAAUAGAUGAAAUUGAUGAUUACACAGAAGAACAUGAUCUGAACACAUUACCUACUCAAAAUCUAAAAGAUGAUGAACCAUGUUCUCUUUUGUAUGAUCAAUUCUAUGAAUAUGAUAUAACAGACAAAUAUAUGCGCCUUCCUUAUACAACAUCAAAGAUAUUCACUCUUGGCCCUAAUGAAUACAAAUGUCUCUACGGAAACUACAUCUUAGAAUCCAAAGAUAAAUUCACUGCAUUAAUUGCUACAUACGCUCUUGGUGAAUCUGAUGGAGUUAAUGUUGUAAAUAAGACAACAGUUGAAAAUCCAUUUAUGAUCUCUGAAAACGGUCAGUCUUUUUAUGAAGAACAAUCAAUCAAAUUAAUGUGCAAAGAUAAAACUAAGGAGUGUAAGAUACAAGUUGUAUCAUUUAGACCUCCUUCAUAUAGCAAAGAGAAAGGUGAAAGAAUUACAUCUGUUUUCACAACGAAAACAAAUGCAAAUUUCAAUUUCGAUAUAGAAUACGGAGACACAAAUAGUUUCUACACAUUUACAGUUCAUAGUCCAAAUCCUGUUGAAGUUUCACGACUUGCUAGUAAUGAUGAAGCCGUUGCAUUUAUGACAAACAAAGAUGGAAGUGCAACUAACAAAAUCAUUGGUAAUGAUGUUACAUUAUUCUACACUACACAAAUUGUUUGUUCUCUUUGUGAUAAUCCAUCAGGCAAAACAAGUUCUAAAGCAUCAACCUACAAUGUAAAUCUUACUAUUCGUGAAACAGCAACUAGUUCAGAAGAUGUCGACGAAGAAGAUGAUUUGUUUGAGAAAGAUCAAACAUAUGCAUUUCCAUAUGAAGGCGGUGUUUACAGCAAAGAAGAAAUUGUUGCAUAUACUAAAGAGCAUGGAAUUAAAGCUCCAGUAUCAUAUACAUCAAUCAUUAUUUUCGGAAGUGUUCUUGGAGGCAUAAUAUUAAUUGCCAUUAUUGUUGUAGUUAUUAUAUUCUUAAUCAGAAGAAAGAGGAGAGCAAAUAUGGAAAGACUUGAAAAUACUUCAAGUAACCACAGUUAUUCGAGUGAUUCCAGCAGCAAAGAAUACUCAAAGAAACAUAAAGAAUCAAGUGAAUCAAGUGCUCAUCAGCUUGAAAGCGUUUCUAGUAGUCGUAAACACUCAAAGAAACAUAAAGAAACAAGUGAAUCAAGUUCUAAACAACUUGAAAGCGUUUCUAGUAGUCGUAAGCACUCAAAGAAACAUAAGAAGAGUAAGGAUUUAAGCGAUUCAAGCAGUCGUAAGCAUUCAAAGAAGAAUAAAAAGGAUAAACAUGCUGAACUUGAAAAAGUUUAUUCUGAUGAUGAUUUUUAUUCAGAUUAA